AGCUUCAGUAUCGAAGGCGCGUCAUUAUUCCUCCCUCUCUCCUCCUCACUCGCUUCUGUUACACCUUCUUGUACACGGCUGUGAUAUCGAUCGCCUGGCCAUUGUGUUGUCGCUCCGAGGCACCGUUUCCUCGCCGACUUGGCCGCAUUUCGAUGUGUUUGCUGUCGCCUGCUGCUUCCGCCACUGACCCAUGUCCGCGUGCAUCCCGCGUCCUGCCCGCGCCCCCGCUCUGUGGCCGCCGUCACAAUGUCCACUGCGCCCGUAGACUCGCUAUCCGCCCUGGAGAGCGGCCCCCAGUCCCACUAUUUCCAGCUGCCCAGGAAGUUGCCUAAACGUAAGAGCCGCUUCAAACGCUCCGAUGGCAGCACCUCCUCGGACACAACGUCAAGUUUUAUCAAGCGUCAGGGGUCAGCUGAUUCCUACACCAGUAGACCGUCGGAUUCCGACCUGUCAGCAGAGGAGGACCGCGAGGCGUAUCGGCGUGAAGCCGAGCGCCAGGCACAACUUCAGCUUGACAGAGCGAAGUCCAAGCCUGUAGCGUUUGCAGUAAAGACGAAUUUGAGUUACUGUGGAGCUCUGGAUGAGGACUGCCCUGUCCAAGGAGCUGCGGUCAACUUUGAUGCCAAAGACUUCCUUCACAUCAAAGAAAAGUACAAUAAUGACUGGUGGAUUGGACGGCUGGUCAAAGAGGGAGCCGACAUUGCCUUCAUUCCUAGCCCGCUGAGACUGGAGGCAAUGAGACUCAAACAGGAGCAGAAACAGAGGAAAACUGGGGGUAACUCCUCCAGUUUGGGAGACAUCGUGACUGGGAGCUGGAGGACCACGCCGCCAUCUGCAGGUGAAGCUAAACUGAAGCAAAAACAGGAACAUGUCCCUCCAUAUGACGUGGUGCCCUCCAUGAGACCGGUGGUCCUUGUGGGACCAUCACUGAAGGGCUAUGAGGUGACAGAUAUGAUGCAGAAAGCUCUUUUUGACUUCCUGAAACACAGAUUUGAGGGAAGAAUCUCAAUCACCCGCGUCACUGCCGACCUGUCCCUAGCCAAGAGAUCCGUCCUCAAUAAAAGGCCAAUAAUGGAAAGGUCUAACACGCGAUCCAGUUUAGCGGAGGUUCAAAGUGAGAUCGAGAGAAUAUUUGAGCUCGCUAAAACCCUGCAGCUAGUUAUUUUGGAUGCGGACACCAUCAACCAUCCCGCUCAGCUAGCCAAAACCUCUCUGGCACCCAUCAUUGUCUAUGUUAAAGUCUCCUCACCUAAGGUGCUUCAGAGGCUGAUCAAGUCCAGAGGGAAGUCUCAGAGCAAACACCUGAAUGUUCAGAUGAUGGCUGCGGACAAACUCUCUCAGUGUCCCCCUGAUUUGUUUGAUGUCAUUUUGGAUGAAAACCAGCUGGAGGAUGCCUGUGAGCACUUGGCUGAAUACAUGGAAGUGUACUGGCGGGCCACUCAUCUCCCAGGGAUCACCCCUCUUAAUCCUCUUUUAGAGCAGACUCUGAUGACCCCGCCCUCCGCCAUCUCCAGCCUCCAGAACAAGAACCAGCCACAGCCUAGCGAGGCGGCGGGCUUGACGGCCGAGGAGGAGGAGGAGGAGGAGGCAGGUGAGGAGGCCGUCUCCCCUGUAGAGCAGGACAGCCUCAUGCCGUCAGACGAGGCCAGCGAUUCACUGUCCCAUGGCCAGAGGGGGAGCCCGUGUCACAGGGGCGGCGAAGAAGAGGAGGAGGAGGAAGAGUACGCCUCUCCGUGCCACGGCCGCACGUACAGGAGCGUGUACCCCGCCCACCAGGGCCACGCGGGCGCCCACAACGCCAACGAGUCGCAGGACAGGCUGCUGCAGAGUGAAGCCCAGCAGGGUCACAACCUGAGGAACAACCGCCAACGCAGCCGCCCUUGGCCUAGAGACACCUACUGAGGACCCCUACUGAAGACCCCUCCCACCAUCAUCUCAACCUGCAAGCCCGGGUCUAUUUUUAGGGCAUCACUUAGUGAGACUGUCAACAGGGCUACGGGACGUCUUUCAGGCAACCUUGCCUCCCUGUUUCGGACGUUUCCAUAUAUUCUGGCCUUAAAGGGGAUUAUUAGGAUGUUUCCUACAUUUUAAACACACCCUUGUGGUCUACAUAACAUGUAAUUUUGGGCAAAAUGUUGCCCAGAUUAUGUUUUACAGACCAUCUUCCGGCCGCUUUCUGACCAUCUCUUCAGGAUGCGCCGUUUAGUGGGCGGUGGGCUAAUUAACGUGCCUCCACUUCGUCAGCCAUGUUGUAGUUUCCAGCGCUUCCACGUGGAGUCUACUGACAGAUAUAGCUUCAAAUGAUUCGCUACUUUGUAUUAGAAAUGGCAACAGCGGAGGAUUCAUGUGCAUGUACGAGCCAGUCUGCCCCACGACAAGGGGAUAGAGAAACAUAGGGAACUUAAUGACUCCAAAGGCACUUUGGGUAAAGCGCUACCAUAUUUGGAGAUAUCCGCUGAAUGAGAAAACUGCUGCAAAUUGGGCCAAUUUUAAACCGCUGGUUUGGAGGAAGUAUGAAGGAAGGCAAGAUUGUUUAAGCGUCUCCUCCAUGCCUCCAUGGUUUCAAUUCUAAUUUUCGGGACUUAUGCUGAUCCCCAAAACAGGUAUCAAUCAUACUUGCCAACCCUCCCGAAUUUCAGUGCCCCUCCCGAAUAUCUCCCGGGGCAACCAUUCUCCCGAAUUUCUCCCGAUUUCCACCCGGACAACGAUAUUGGGGGCGUGCCUUCAAGGCACUGCCUUUAGCGUCCUCUACAACCUGUCGUCACGUCCGCUUUUCCUACAUACUAACAGCGUGCCGGCCCAGUCACAUGGGCAGCAUAGCUCGGUUGGUAGAGUGGCCGUGACAAAAAUGUGAGGGUUCCAGGUUCGAUUCCCGCUUCCGCCAUCCUAGUCACUGCCGUUGUGUCCUUGGGCAAGACACUUUACCCAGCUGUUGUGCCAACCACACUGGUUUAAAUGUAACUUAGAUAUUGGGCUUCACUAUGUAAAGCGCUUUGAGUCACUAGAGAAUAAGCGCUAUAUAAAUAUAAUUCACUUCACUUCACAUAAUAUAUGCGGCUUUUACACACACACACACACACAAGUGAAUGCAAGCAUACUUGGUCAACAGCCAUACAGGUCACACUGAGGGUGGCCGUAUAAGCAACUUUAACAUUGUUAGAAAUAUACGCCACACUGUGAACCCACACCAAACAAGAAUGACAAACACAUUUUGGGAGAACAUCCGCACAGUAACACAACAGAACAAAUACCCAGAACCCCUUGCAGCACUAACUCUUCCGGGACGCUACAAUAUACACCCCCGCUACCAACAAACCCCCCCGCCCACCUCAACCCCCCAUCUCCCGAAUUCGUAGGUCUCAAGGUUGGCAAGUAUGGUAUCAAUAGGUAAGACAAGUUGCUUUUGCAUACUAGGUCGGUCCCCUUUAGGACGAACACAUCUUUUGCUAACUUUACUGUUGCAUGUGUUACUACACUAUCAUUAUUCUAAGACGAUUUGCACAUUGACGCCAGAACAGGAAGUGACUGGAUAACUUAAUGUAGGAAUGUUUACCGUUGAUACAUUUGCUUAUAAUGUAAAUAUGAAAUAGUUUAGAGUUAAGUUGUUCUCGGUUUGUUUGGUUGUUUUGCGGUCUGUAGGUGUUUUCUUCACGGGGAAGCUGCGGUCCAUCGUCCUUCUGCUGUUGCACAAUCACGCGCUAGCACCUCUAAAGAAGCUCACGAGGGACACACGGAGAAUGUAAACACAAAAGGGGAAUGUAGAGUCUCCUUUAUUCCUCCCUCAUGAAGCACACGCUGCAGAGAAUGUGAGCUUGCAUGCCUUCCGUAGCACAUUCUUUGAUUGUAGCACCCCCCCCCCCCCCCCCCCAAAGUAGUCAAGAGUCCACCUUGCAUCCUCACUUUGUCUACUCCGAUGUUUUCUUCUCUCACGGCCGACCCUCAGGUGUCCCGCGUGUGACAAACGUGGCGAAGUCGCAGCUGUAGCAAGCGCGCGUCACAUGACCUCAUUGCCUCUCACUACAGGGUCGACACCAGCUGACGUAAAGAAGACUGGGUUACUGCUUCCACGCCGCACAUGUACAGUGUACAGUUUUGAAGAGCAAACAAAACAUCAGCAUGACAGUGAGGAAAAGAAGAAGAUACUAUGCAAGUGCUGCAUGCAUUCUGGUUCCUUUUACCGUUGAGUAUUUAUUAUUGCAUCGUUUCUGGUUGCGCCCGUUGUCUUGCAGUGAUAGUCGUCCUUGGGGCGUUGUACCUUUUUUUUUGUUAGUUUUUUACCACUAACUGCACUCUUACUCAGUACCAGCAGUUCAAAGUUGAGCUGGACACUUUGACGCACUUUGAAAAUCACUAAAAAUGCUCACCUGAUCGAUGAAUGAAUGAAUGAUGUCCUUCUGCAUGUCUCAGUUCUACAAACCCCGUUUCCAUAUGAGUUGGGAAAUUGUGUUAGAUGUAAAUAUAAACGGAAUACAAUGAUUUGCAAAUCCUUUUCGACCCAUAUUCAAUUGAAUGCACUACAAAGACAAGAUAUUUGAUGUUCAAACUCAAACUUUUUUUUUGCAAAUAAUAAUUAACUUAGAAUUUCAUGGCUGCAACACGUGCCAAAGUAGUUGGGAAAGGGCAUGUUCACCACUGUGUUACAUGGCCUUUCCUUUUAACAACACUCAGUAAACGUUUGGGAACUGAGGAGACACAUUUUUUCCGGAUGGUUCUUUUCCUCUUUGGUCCGGAGGACACGACGUCCACAGUUUCCAAAAACAAUUUGAAAUGUGGACUCGUCAGACCACAGAACACUUUUCCACUUUGUAUCAGUCCAUCUUAGAUGAGCUCAGGCCCAGCGAAGCCGACGGCGUUUCUGGGUGUUGUUGAUAAACGGUUUUCGCCUUGCAUAGGAGAGUUUUAACUUGCACUUACAGAUGUAGCGACCUACUGUAGUUACUGACAGUGGGUUUCUGAAGUGUUCCUGAGCCCAUGUGGUGAUAUCCUUUACACACUGAUGUCACUUGUUGAUGCAGUACAGCCUGAGGGAUCGAAGGUCAAGGGCUUAGCUGCUUACGUGCAGUGAUUUCUCCAGAUUCUCUGAACCCUUUGAUGAUAUUACGGACCGUAGAUGGUGAAAUCCCUAAAUUCCUUGCAAUAGCUGGUUAAGAAAGGUUUUUCUUAAACUGUUCAACAAUUUGCUCACGCAUUUGUUGACAAAGUGGUGACCCUCGCCCCAUCCUUGUUUGUGAAUGACUGAGCAUUUCAUGGAAUCUACUUUUAUACCCAAUCAUGGCACCCACCUGUUCCCAAUUUGCCUGUUCACCUGUGGGAUGUUCCAAAUAAGUGUUUGAUGAGCAUUCCUCAACUUUAUCAGUAUUUAUUGCCACCUUUCCCAACUUCUUUUUCACGUGUUGCUGGCAUCAAAUUCUAAAGUUAAUGAUUAUUUGCAAAAAAAAAAAAAAGUUUAUCAGUUUGAACAUCAAAUAUGUUGUCUUUGUAGCAUAUUCAAUUGA